AUGUUCAACUACUUCCGGAAACGCUUUACCAGACACAUCACAGAACGUAGCCGACGAAGAGCAAGGCUCGUCUCUAAAGAUGGAAGGUGUAACAUAGAGUUUGGCAAUGUAGAAGAACAGUCAAGGUUUGUCUUUUUGAUUGAUAUAUGGACAACAAUCCUGGAUCUCAGAUGGAGAUACAAAAUGACUAUCUUCAUUUCAGCAUUCUUAGGCAGCUGGUUUCUGUUUGGUCUCCUCUGGUACGUUGUGGCAUACAUACACAAAGAUCUUCCAGAAUUCAACCCUUCCAUAAAUCACACUCCCUGCGUUGAGAACAUUAACGGCCUGACUUCAGCUUUCCUAUUCUCCUUAGAGACUCAGGUAACCAUUGGUUACGGCUUCAGAUGUGUCACAGAACAGUGUGUCACAGCCAUUUUCCUGCUGAUUUUCCAGUCUAUCUUAGGGGUCAUCAUCAAUUCUUUCAUGUGUGGUGCCAUCUUGGCUAAGAUAGCCAGGUCCAAAAAACGGGCUAAGACCAUCACCUUCAGCAAGAAUGCUGUCAUCAGCAAGCGUGGUGGGAAGCUGUGCCUCCUUAUUCGGGUGGCAAACCUCAGGAAGAGCCUGCUGAUUGGAAGUCACAUCUAUGGAAAACUGCUGAAGACCACCAUCACCCCAGAGGGAGAGACAAUCAUUCUGGACCAGGUCAACAUAGAAUUUGUAGUUGAUGCUGGCAAUGAGAAUCUCUUCUUCAUUUCCCCAUUAACUAUUUAUCAUGUCAUAGACAGGAACAGCCCAUUCUUCCACAUGGCAGCAGAAACCCUUCUGCAGCAAGAUUUCGAAUUGGUGGUGUUUUUGGAUGGCACUGUUGAAGCCACUAGUGCUACCUGUCAAGUAAGGACAUCCUACAUCCCAGAAGAGGUGCUCUGGGGUUAUCGCUUUGCUCCCAUUGUGUCCAAGACCAAAGAAGGGAAAUAUAGAGUAGACUUCCAGAACUUCAGCAAGACAGUGGCUGUGGAGACACCCCACUGUGCCUUCUGCCUCUAUAAUGAGAAAGAAAUCAAAGCCAAAGAGAAGAAAGGUUAUGACAACCCUGGCUUCGUCAUGUCAGAAGUUAGUGAAACCAGUGAUACAAAAAUGUAG